GACUCAGCAGCUCUCGCGAUAUUUCAUGUCGGCCAGUCUGUCAACGGUGUUUUGGUCGGUCAGUUGAAAGCAAAGCAGGGACAUAGUGAAACAGCAAAAGUGAAAUAAAAUAAAUAAGGGGAAAUUCUCUGCGACGCACAAUGGGCGUGUCUAAGACAAUACGAAGUUUUUUUUGUAGCGCCAGACACAACAUGGCGGUUGACAGCAAAGCGAUGUAGAAGAGCGGCGUUUGGAUGGCGUACAUUAACGUUAUGUACGGAAUUCUCCUUCCGGGCGGCUAAAGUCUACUGCGCAUGCGUCAUAGAGUGUCUCUGUCUUCUAGCGCUUCGGUGAAAGAUGGCGGCGCCCGGCGGCGUGGAAGAGAUGCGAAGCCGCGUGGUGUUGCGCGAGUUUGGCGUCCGCAACGUACAUACCACAGACUUUCCUGGGAACUAUUCUGAAUAUGAUGAUUCCUGGGAUAAGGAGAAGUUUGAAAAGAAUUUCAGAGUAGAUGUGAUUCACAUGGAUGAAGAUACUCUAGAAUUUGACAUGGUGGGGAUUGAUGCAGCUAUCGCUAAUGCCUUCCGGCGCAUCUUGCUUGCUGAGGUGCCAACCAUGGCUGUGGAGAAGGUCUUUGUGUACAACAACACUUCUAUUGUGCAAGAUGAAAUCCUGGCUCACCGCUUGGGGCUGAUCCCUAUACAUGCUGAUCCUCGCCUCUUUGAAUACAAGAGUGAAGAAGAUGAGUGUGAUGAAAUUAACACUUUGCAGUUCCAGUUGAAAAUUAAGUGCAGCAAGAAUCCCCAGGCAGCCAAGGAGUCAUCUGAUCCUAGUGAACUGUACAUCAACCAUAAAGUCUAUAGCAAGCAUAUGGAAUGGGUGCCUCUGGGGUCCCAGGCAGACAAUCUGAAUGCUAACUUCCGUCCUGUGCAUGAUGACAUCCUCAUUGCCCAGUUGCGUCCCGGCCAAGAAAUCAAUGUACUUAUGCACUGUGUAAAAGGCAUUGGUAAAGAUCAUGCAAAAUUUUCUCCAGUAGCCACAGCCAGCUACCGGCUAUUGCCAGAGAUAACUCUACUGCAGCCUAUUGAAGGAGAAGCAGCUGAGAGGCUGAAGAAGUGUUUUUCUCCUGGGGUUAUAGAUAUUCAAGAAAUCAAAGGUAUCUGGCAACUUUUCCAUUUACACUGUAAAAGCAUAAGCUGUACUUACAGUUAUGAAAACUGCAUGACCUAGAUUCAGUCCCUACUGUCUGUGUAAAUGAUAUGAGCAUAGCUAGUAUCAUGUAGUGGUUCAAGUGUCAUACAAGGAUUUAGGAAACCCAACUUCAAACCCCCAAUCUGCCACAGAAGUUCUGUCAGUGACCUUAGCCAGUCACACAUACUCAGCCUAACAAAUCUCACCUUUUUUGAGAGGAUAAAAUAGAGGAAGAAUAGUAUACUUCACUUUGAAUCUCCAUUGGGGAAAAGGGCUGGGCAUACCUGAAGUAAGUGAACAAUUCUGUAUGCAGUUUGGUCUGUGAGCUGAUCUGAACCCAUAAACAUCAUCUGCGAAUUGUUCCUUGUCUGUCAGGAUGCAUUCCUUGGCUGGCUAGCAGCCUGAGAGAGAGUUUUCUUGUUAAUAACUUUCUGAACACUCUGAUACUGCGACUGCAAUUGUAUAUCUAUCUGUCUGAGAGCCUAGUUGAACUCACUAGACCCUUGUCCCCUUUUGUCCUGAAAGGGGAGGGAUGGCCUAUUAAAUCCAAUGAAAUAAAUAAAUAAUCAAUAAGAGGCAUAUGAUUAGGCUGUAGUGGUUAGGCCAGACAGAGAAAGAGUUCAUUGUGAGCUCAAUGGUCAAUCAGCAAUACCAUUUUUGAGAUUACAGCAUAAGCAACAAUUCCACCCAGCAACAAUUGCAGCACAGUUACAGACAAUUCUGUGGAUUUCUCUUUCUCAUGAAGUAUGAUUUGCAUUUGGUAUGCAGUGGCAAUGGGGGAAAGAACAUAAUUCAGCAGCAGAUGAGGGCAGUUAAUUAAAUAUAUGUUCACAUCUGGUUUGGCUUUUAAGCACUGCUUUGCUUCUUCAGAAGGGGAGAAAAGAAGUGGUAAGCACGCAAAUUGGCCAGCAGCUAGAUUAGAUCACGUUCCAGUCGAGGGAAAUUUUUUCGUCAUGAUGAUUUAGAAAGAGCGGCUUGUCGCGGAAACUGUGGCUUUCGAGUCUUGAGAUCACACUACAUCUUUUCUGUAGAAUCAACAGGUGUUCUGCCUCCAGAUGUGUUGGUGAGUGAAGCAAUCAAGGUGUUAAUGGGAAAAUGUCAGCGCUUCUUGGAGGAGCUGAAAUCUAUUCAGAAGAAAUAAGAAGCUUGUAUAUGUAGACUUCAGCAUAAUGGUCUGCUUAGGGUGCCUACAGCUGGAUCUUGAAGGAUGCCUUCUAACCAAGUUCUGCAUCUGUCACCGUGGAUAACUUUCUAUUGUGGAUGUAAAAGAUGGAAACUGGAUUCUUCAUGCUUUCUCCUUUGGGCUCUUAUGCAGCUGCUUCUUGCAAAAACUUUCCAUGUAGGAAUGGACUAGAGAAAGGGAGAAAUCUUGACUAAGCUCUCAGAGAAGAAUUAAUACUCUGUGGCUGGACUGGUAGAAGUAAAUUGCAGGACCUCCCAAGAUGCUUGGCUUGCCUUGAGUUAUAUCUCUCCCAAGGAGAACAGAAUUUUGUUAACUGGUGAAUCACCUGUCAAACAGGUCACAACAACUGUCUUUUUAAUGAUGUGUACUGGCAAGAUUUUUGUUCUAUCAUGUGGUAUUUGUGCUAAUGUCUGUGAUUUGUGUACCAUUCCACUAAUGGUUUGUUCCUAGCUAGUAAAAGAAGCCAGUGUUGUGGUGUGCUCCUUAGUUAGGUGAUUUGACUUUGUUAUGGAAGGGGGAAAAAGAGAGAGAAUGUUUAUGACGCUAGUAUAGUUUUGAUUUCAAGAUAAAUUUGAGGAAGUCCUCCCUGUAUGGUGUCAUUCUCUGCUUAAACUGUAUCAGAGUUUAAAUAUUUAAACUGGAUUUGUUCACAAGAAAUGUUUAUGAAAUUUGGUCUGCUUGAAUUUAUGGAGUUCUCCCAGUCUUAUUUGUGGAUCUUUACUAACAUGUUAGCAUCUUAUUUUCCAUUUUUCAUUUUUGGCCUUUGUACAAAUGGUGCAUGCAACAGAUUGCACUUCCUUCUAUUUGUUAACAUCACUGGUCUGGUGAAAAACAACGUGAAGAGGAAGCUGUGCGUGUACAAAGUGCUUUUGUGUAGUGGUAAUCUAGAUGUGAAGGGACGGAAGCUGUGGCAGACUGCUGCAGGCUGAUAAUUCUGGAAUUAAGUUUCAAUGAUAUAUAUAAAAUAUAUAUUAAAAAGUUUCAAUGUGAGAAUUUCUAAAA